UCAGAGGCUCGCCUCCAGUUUCAAAAUGGCGGCCGCCAUCGGGGGGCUUCUGCUGGCUGGUCGUCCCGGGUGCCUCUGAGCGAGCAUCAGUUUUUCUCGCUCUUGAACCUGGAUUCGACUAGGGGUUGGGAAGGGCAGUGGACGGCGUUGGGGGAGGACUGACGAGAUUUAUAAAGAACUCUUCCCUUGAAUUCAUGGUGUUUCAUCCUAUGUACAACUGAGAUAUCAACUUUUUGGAUUGUUUUUGGACCAAAAAUGACAUCUAUUAUCAAAUUAACUACCCUCUCUGGGGUUCAAGAAGAGUCUGCUCUUUGCUAUCUUCUGCAAGUUGAUGAGUUUAGAUUUCUGUUGGACUGUGGCUGGGAUGAGCACUUUUCUAUGGAUAUUAUAGAUUCUCUGAGGAAGCAUGUUCACCAAAUUGAUGCAGUACUGUUGUCCCACCCCGAUCCUCUUCAUCUUGGUGCUCUCCCGUAUGCCGUCGGGAAGCUGGGUCUGAACUGUGCUAUCUACGCGACCAUUCCUGUUUAUAAAAUGGGACAGAUGUUCAUGUAUGAUCUUUACCAGUCUCGACACAAUACAGAAGACUUUACACUCUUCACGUUAGAUGAUGUGGAUGCAGCCUUUGAUAAAAUACAGCAGUUAAAAUUCUCUCAGAUUGUGAAUUUGAAAGGUAAAGGACAUGGCUUGUCUAUCACACCUCUGCCAGCUGGUCAUAUGAUAGGUGGAACAAUAUGGAAAAUAGUCAAAGAUGGAGAAGAAGAAAUUGUGUAUGCAGUUGACUUUAACCACAAGAGGGAGAUCCAUUUAAAUGGAUGUUCCCUGGAAAUGCUAAGCAGACCCUCCCUGCUUAUCACAGAUUCCUUUAAUGCUACGUAUGUGCAACCUCGGAGAAAACAGAGAGACGAGCAGCUUCUGACAAAUGUCCUGGAAACACUUCGAGGUGAUGGAAAUGUAUUAAUAGCAGUGGACACUGCAGGCAGAGUUUUGGAACUUGCUCAACUCCUUGAUCAAAUCUGGAGAACUAAAGAUGCAGGAUUGGGUGUCUACUCACUGGCACUCCUGAAUAAUGUCAGCUAUAAUGUGGUGGAGUUUUCCAAGUCCCAGGUAGAAUGGAUGAGUGACAAAUUGAUGAGAUGUUUUGAAGACAAAAGAAAUAAUCCAUUUCAGUUUCGCCAUCUCUCUUUAUGUCACGGUCUUUCCGACUUGGCUCGGGUACCUAGCCCCAAAGUGGUACUCGCCAGCCAGCCUGACCUGGAAUGUGGAUUUUCAAGGGAUCUCUUCAUUCAGUGGUGUCAGGACCCUAAAAACUCAAUCAUUCUAACUUACAGAACUACUCCUGGGACUUUAGCACGUUUCCUAAUUGAUAAUCCUUCUGAAAAAAUUACAGAAAUAGAGUUGAGGAAACGUGUGAAGCUUGAAGGGAAAGAACUAGAAGAAUACUUGGAAAAAGAGAAACUAAAGAAAGAAGCGGCAAAAAAACUUGAGCAGUCAAAAGAGGCAGACAUAGAUUCCAGUGAUGAGAGUGAUGUUGAGGAAGACAUUGACCAGCCGUCAGCUCAUAAGACUAAGCAUGACCUGAUGAUGAAAGGUGAAGGUAGUCGUAAAGGAAGCUUCUUCAAACAGGCUAAAAAGUCUUACCCUAUGUUUCCUGCCCCAGAAGAAAGAAUUAAAUGGGAUGAAUAUGGAGAAAUUAUCAAACCGGAGGAUUUCUUAGUGCCAGAACUUCAGGCAACUGAAGAAGAGAAAAGCAAAUUAGAAUCUGGCUUGACAAAUGGAGAUGAACCCAUGGAUCAGGAUUUAUCUGAUGUUCCUACCAAGUGUAUUUCUACGACAGAGUCUAUUGAAAUAAAAGCCAGGGUUACUUACAUAGACUAUGAAGGACGCUCUGAUGGAGAUUCCAUUAAAAAGAUCAUUAAUCAGAUGAAACCACGACAGCUGAUCAUUGUCCAUGGACCACCAGAGGCCAGUCAGGAUCUUGCAGAGUGCUGCCGUGCGUUUGGCGGGAAAGAUAUUAAGGUGUACAUGCCAAAGCUACACGAAACGGUUGAUGCCACUAGUGAAACUCACAUCUACCAGGUGAGAUUGAAAGAUUCACUUGUCAGCUCCCUUCAGUUUUGUAAGGCAAAAGAUGCCGAAUUAGCUUGGAUAGAUGGUGUCUUGGACAUGAGAGUUUCCAAAGUGGACACAGGAGUUAUUUUAGAAGAAGGAGAACUGAAGGAUGAUGGAGAAGACUCAGAAAUGCAAGUGGACGCUCCUUCGGAUUCCAGUGUUAUAGCACAACAGAAGGCCAUGAAGAGUCUGUUUGGGGAUGAUGAGAAAGAGACAGGUGAAGAAAGUGAGAUCAUUCCGACCUUGGAGCCCUUACCCCCCCACGAGGUUCCUGGACAUCAGUCAGUUUUUAUGAAUGAACCAAGACUGUCAGACUUCAAACAAGUUCUCUUACGGGAGGGGAUUCAGGCUGAAUUUGUAGGAGGUGUACUUGUUUGCAACAACCAAGUAGCAGUCCGUAGAACGGAAACUGGACGCAUUGGAUUAGAAGGCUGCCUUUGUCAAGAUUUUUAUAGGAUAAGAGACCUUUUAUAUGAACAGUAUGCCAUUGUGUAAAGGAUAUGAUGUCAAGAAGUAUCUGUUUGACUUUUCUAAGAAAAAAGCGUUCUUAUUCUAAGCUUUUGCUUUUUUGUUUUGUAACAUACAAAAAGAAUUGCCAGAAAAAUUUAACAUGCAUUAGAUUUUUAAAAAAAUGUAAAUAGAGUCCAUUUUGCUAAUGUUCAAAUGAGCGUUCUACCUUUUGGCUUUCAGAGUGAUAGAGAUCCUAACAAGUGCAUGGGCCCGAGUAUUGAAGGUGAUUGGUUUCCUCUAUAGACCCCUUAUUCUAGAAGGACAUUUUACUUGAAUAAAACAAUGCAACUUAGCAAACCAGCUCAUGGCCUUAGAGAAACAUGUUUGCAUGUUGUGAGUUCUUGCAAACGGUUUCUUAACAUUUUCUGGAAUGAAAAGUGAGAAUUAUUUAGAAAAGAUAUGCUAUAUAAAAAAUAACUGGUGGAACAGUUUUUUGAGGCCUAUGUGUUUGAAAAACAACAAAAAGAAAACAAAGAGUUUGUGCUCUAACUCUUCUUUUGAAUUCUGAUAGGCAGUUGUCUUCACAUGGGGCAUAUCUCCUUACCUGUAUUUCCCAGUUAGUCAGUCCAGGAAGGUGGUGCACACUUGGUUCAGAAAUCAAUUUUUAUUUCUCCCAUCUCUUGUUUUAUCAGGAUGUUCAGUUUGAAUUACAACACCAUCAUUUGAAUACACAUAAUGCAAAAGAACUCCUUGCCGUGUUACAGUCUUAAGGAUUCUGUAUACAUUUUAGCUAUCAGCUAGGAUACUUCAUUGGAAACUGUUUAGUGCUCUGUUUUUAAGGAAACAAAUGUUGAACCUCAUAUUUUUAUAAGAUAAUAGUAUAAUUUAAUCAAAAGGUGUAAAUGUUUUCAACACUUAGGCUUGCUCCCUCCUAAGGUUGCUGAAGCAGUGGAUGGAUUUUAUACACCUAAGUACAAAAAUAAUACUGAAGUUGGAUAAGGU